AUGUGCGUUGACUUCACGAAUCUGAAUAGGGCCUGUCCGAAGGACUUCUAUCCCUUGCCGAGAAUUGACCAACUGGUUGACUCGACAAGUGGCCAUGCUCUGCUCAGCUUCAUGGACGCAUUUUCUGGGUACCAUCAGAUUUUCAUGCACCCCGAUGACAGAGCAAAAACGGCAUUUGUUACAAGCGUCGGGGUGUAUAAUUACAAAAUGAUGCCCUUCGGCCUGAAGAACGCCGGGGCUACAUAUCAGAGGUUGGUGGAUCAAGUGUUUGCCGAACAAAAAGGCCGCAACAUGGAGGUCUAUGUUGACGAUUCCAUCGUCAAAAGCAAAGAGGCAAAAGAUCAUGUUGCGGACCUAGCUGAAACGUUCGCCACCCUGAGAAAGCAUCAGAUGAAGUUGAAUCCGAAAAAAUAUGUCUUCGGCGUGAGGUCUGGGAAAUUCCUAGGUUUCAUGGUCAGCAAGAGGGGGAUUGACGCCAAUCCCGCCAAUGUGCAAGCAGCUCUUGAUCUUCCCGAGCCGAAGACGAAAAGGGACAUUCAGCGCCUUAUGGGGAGAAUGGCCGCCUUGUCCAGGUUCAUCUCAAAAGCCUCGGACAAAGGUCUGCCCUUCUUCAAGGCGCUGAAAUUUCCGAAAUCAAAGGAGCUCAUAUGGGAAGAUGAGCAGAAAGUAGCCUUCCAGCAGCUCCGGGAGCACUUGGCAAAUCUUCCAACGCUGGCAAGGCCAGCUGAAGGAGAAAUCUUGUACUUAUACGUAGCAGUUAGCCCUGCUACGGAAACACUCGACGAAGGGAAGGGGACUUGGACUGUAUUCACGGAUGGCUCAGCCACCGUAAAUGGCUCGGGGGCUGGGGUGGUAAUCACUUCUCCCGAGGGCAAAAACUUCGAGUAUGCACUCAAAUUCUCAUUUAAGGCUUCUAACAACGAAGCAGAAUAUGAAGCAGCAGUUGCUGGCUUGGAAUUGUGCAUAGCUCUCGAAGCCGAACAUCUGAAUCGGUCCAUAUACGUGGAGGUGCGCCGAAACAGAAGCAUUGACCCAGAAGUUGAGGUUCAGUGCGCUGAGGUUGAGCCUAGCUGGAUGGACCCCAUCUUGGCUUACAAGCUGCAAGGAACGUUGUCCGAGGACAAGAACUUAGCAGCAAAAAUGAAAAGGGUAGCCUCAAGGUUCAUUGUCUACAAGGGGGAGCUGCUGAAAAAAUCCUUCUCAGCCCCACUGCUGAAAUGUGUGGGUCCAACAGAUGCGGAUUACAUCCUUCGGGAGAUCCACUUCAGCAUCUGUGGAAACCACAUUGGGGGGAGAACCCUGGCCCAUAAGGCACUACGGGCAGGAUACUAUUGGCCAACUAUGAUCCAAGACGCUAAGGACUUGGUGCGAAAAUGCGAAAAAUAUACUCAACGCUCUCAAGUUGAAGAUCAAAAGUCCAAGUGGAUAGAGGAACUUCCUGGAACUCUAUGGUCACUUCGGAUAACUGAAAAAGAGGCCACGGGGCAUUCACCUUUUGAAUUGGUGUAUGGGUCCGAAGCCAUUUUGCCAGUGGAAAUUGGCUCAGAAAGCCUCCGAGUCAAUCAGUUCUCGGCCGAAGAAAAUGAGCAUCUCAUGAAAAAGUCCCUCGAUUUCUUAGAUGAGAUCCGAGAUUCAGCGAGGGACAGAAUGGCGGCAUACAAGCAGAGAAUUAGUAAAUUCUACAACCGAAGAGUCCAGUCAAGACUCCUUAAAGUUGGGGACUUGGUUCUUCGGAAUGCCGCCGCUGUUCAGAAAAGCCGCAUCCAUGGGAAGCUCUCAGCUAACUGGGAAGGGCCUUAUGAAAUAUAUGAUGAGCUCCAACCAGGAACUUAUUGUCUUCGGCAGUUAGACGGAACUGAGUUGAAAAACCACUGGAACGCAAAUUAUUUCUGUCCUUGCCGAUUUUUGAAAAAAACUCAGGGUUUACACCCGGUGCUGUCCGAAGCAUUGCAUUGUGAUGCACUGUGCUUCGGCAAGCCGGAAAACCUGCCAAAAUGA